AUGUCUUUCAUCAAGAGCCUGUUGCUGGCCGCCGCUGCGGUCGCAUCCGUCUCGGCCCGCAGGGGCCCGGAACCCAAGUACCCUCCCGCUGCCGGCACCAGCUCCUACUGUUCGUACUGGGUGGACUACGAGGGUGACAAGUCCUGCUCGCGUGUCCUCGAGGACAACGUCGUUGUCCUGAAGGACUUUGCGCGAUGGAAUCCCACCGUUGGCGCAGACUGCUCCGGCAUCAAGGCAGGCAACUCGUACUGCGUUGAGGCCUUCGGCGAGCCCGAGCCCAUCGAGGUCACCACGACCACCCGCGCUGCCACGACGACGACGCAGCCCACCGCGACGACGACGACGUUUGCCAACGGCAUCGCCACGCCCCAGCCCACCCAGUCCGGCAUGGUGACCAACUGCAACAAAUUCCACUGGAUUGCCGAGGGCGUCAGCUGCAGCCAAGUCAUCAGCUUCCAGAAGAUCACGCUCGCCGACUUUGUCAAGUGGAAUCCUUCCGUCAAGAGCGAUUGCUCCGGCAUGUGGGCCGGUGUCAACGUCUGCGUCGGCGUCGUCGGCAGCUCCACCGACACGGCCAAGCCCACGACCACGGCUCCUAGCAACGGCGUCGUCACGCCUCAGCCCACUCAGCCCAGCAUGGUGACCAACUGCAACAAGUUCCACUGGAUUGCCAAGGGUGUCACCUGCCAACAGGUCAUCAGCUACCAGAAGAUUUCCCUCGCCGACUUUGUCAAGUGGAACCCCAGCGUCCUGAGCGAUUGUUCCGGCAUGUGGGCUGAGGUGCAGGUCUGCGUCGGCGUCAUCGGCAGCACGCCCACGACCUUGGCCACCACGACGACCACUGCCGGUAAUGGCGUGUCGACCCCUCUGCCGACGCAGCCCGGCAUGGUGACCAACUGUGCCAAGUUCCACUGGGUCGCCAAGGGUGUGACGUGCAACCAGAUCUACAGCUUCCAGAAGAUCACCCUCGAGCAGUUUGUCAGCUACAACCCUACCGUCAAGUCUGACUGCAGCGGCAUGCAGGCCGAGGUCCAAGUCUGCGUCGGUCUCAUCGCCGGCACCACGCCCACGACGACCCGCCCCCCCACCACCACGGCCCCCGGCAACGGCGUGUCGACCCCCCAGCCGACGCAGCCCGGCAUGGUGACCAACUGCGCCAAGUUCCACUGGGUCGCCAAGGGCGUGACGUGCAACCAGAUCUACAGCUUCCAGAAGAUCACCCUCGAGCAGUUUGUCAGCUUCAACCCGACGGUCAAGUCCGACUGCACGGGCAUGCAGGCCGAGGUCAACGUCUGCGUCGGCCUCAUCGGCGGCAACCCCACGCCCACGCAGACGGGCAACGGCAUCGCGACGCCGACGCCCAUCCAGCCCGGCAUGGUGUCCAACUGCAAGAAGUUCCACUGGAUCGCCCAGGGCGUCACGUGCCAGCAGGUCAUCAGCUUCCAGAAGAUCACCCUUGCCGACUUUGUCAAGUGGAACACUGGUGUUGGCUCUGACUGCCGCACCAUGUGGGCCGAGACGAACGUCUGCGUUGGCGUCUAA